GCUAGAACGGCACCGGAACCACUGAGAUUUAACGGAUAUGGCCAGAGCGGCGCCGGAACCACCGAGAUUGACCGGAAAUGGCCAGAGCGGCACCGGAACCACCGAGAUUUUGCGGAAGUGGCUAGAACGGCACCGGAACCACUGAGAUUUAACGGAUAUGGCCAGAGCGGCACCGGAACCGCCGAGAUUGACCGGAAAUGGCCAGAGCGGCGCUGGAACCACCGAAAGUGUUCGGACGUGGCUAGAGCAGCCUCGGUAACCACCGAGUCGGGGCAGAAGUGGCCAGAGCGGCGCUGGAACAACCGAGAUCAAGCGGAAGCGGCUAGAGCGGCGCCGGAACCAGUGACAUUGACCGGAAAAGGCCAGAGCGGCGCCAGAACUACCGAGAUUUAGCGGAAAUGGCCAGAGCGGCGCCGGAACCACAGAGAUUGAGCGGAAAUGGCUAGAGCGGCGCCGGAACAACCGAGAUUUACCGGGUAUGGCCAGAGCGGCGCCGGAACCACCGAGAUUUAGCGGAAGUGGGUAGAGCGGCGCCGGAACCACUGAGAUUAACCGGAAAUGGCCAGAGCGGCACCGGAACCACCGAGAUUAACCGGAAAUGGCCAGAGCGGCGCCGGACCCACCGAGAUUGAGCGGAAGUGGCUAGAGCGGCGCCGGAACCACCAAAAUUUACCGGAAACUGUUAGAGCCGCGCCGGAACCACCGAGACUGGGCGGAAGUGGCUAGAGCAGCCUCGGUAACCAUGGAGACGGGUGCGCGCCGGAAGCGGAAGUUGCUGUUUGUGAAGGCGCGGUGAGGGCGGCCCGCGGGGGCCCGGAGCGGUUUCUGGGCUCCCAGGGGGUUCCCGCGGGCUCCCGGAGCUCUCGGUUGCCUCAGGGCCAUGGCGGACCCGUCGCUGCUCUCGGCCGAGCUGGAGGCGGACGAGGAGGAGGAGGCGGCUCUGCGGCGGCUGCUGCUGCAGGUGGCCUCGGACCCUGAGGAGGCGCCGAGCCCCGGCCCCGCCCGGGCCGUGACCCCGCAGCCGGGUCUCUGCGUCAAGACCCGCGUGGCGGGCGGGGGUCCCAAGGUGUUCCUCAACGUUUGCCACUCGCCCGAGGUGCCCCCCCCGCCCCCCGUGCCCCCCCCGGGGCUGCAGCAGCUCCUGCGGGACCCCCCCGGUCCUGGGGGCUCCUUCCGCAUCCCCAUGAGCCUGGGGGAGCCCCACGCCGAGCUCGACCGAGGGGGAAGGGGCUGCACGGCCUACGACGUGGUGGUGAACUCGGGCUUCUUCAGGACCCUCCAGGCCGACCCCCUAUACCUUGAGUUCUUCCUGACCGUGGCCCUGGAGGGGCUCUCAGACAAGUACGGGGUGGAGCUGGAGCUUACAGGCUGGCGGGUGCUGCGGAACCGGCGCUGCCUCGGCUCCAUCGCGGCCCAGAACAUCCGGGCCCGACCCCAGCCCCGCAUCCAGGAGCUGCCGGGGAGCUGCCGAGGUGAGGGGGACCCCCGGGACCCCUCCCCAAAAACCCCCGGGCCCCCCCCGUUCGUGGUCGUGGCCUCGCCCUCGGCUCAGGAGCCACAGGAGCUGCAGGCCCGGGUACACCUGGAACAGGUGGAGGGGGCGGGCUCUCUGUGGCUGGGGCUGAGCGAGGAGCGGCUGCUGCUGCUGCGCCCUGCGCCGCCGCCGGGGGGCGCUGCCGGUGCCGCUCCCGAGGGGCCGCCGGGCCGCCAGGGGGCGCUGCUGGAGCUGGGGCUGCCACUGCGCAUGCGCGCCGACCCCGCGCGGUGCCGCGCGCGCUUCCACCGCCGCUCCAAGGUUCUCACCGUGACGAUGCCGCUGCUGCGGGCGUGAGGGACCCUCCGAAAAAACCCACCCGGGACCCUCCAAAAAACCCACCCGGGACCCCCCAGGACCCCCCUAGGAUCACCCGGGACCCCUAAAAUCCCACCUGGGACCCCCCAGGACCCUCCUGGACCCCCCCCAGGACCCCCAAAAUCCCCCCAGGACCCCUGGACCUCUUUGGGGCCGUUCUCAGGAUGCUCCUGAGCCCCCCCAACCACUCAGGGACCCCCUCCAGGACCCCCCUGACCCCCCCAGGAUUAUCCAGGACCCCCCCAGAUCCCUCCUGACCUUUCAGCCCCCUCCCCUUCCCCUUUUUUUGGUACAAAACCCCCCAAUAAAACCAAAUUCGCA